AUGCCACCAGUAAAUCAAGCAUACAUUCAACAACAACCAUCCAAUUGGGAUAAGUUCAAGAUGGGUCUAAUGAUGGGUUCCGCAGUCGGUGUUUGCACAGGUAUCCUAUUUGGUGGGUUUGCCAUUAUUACUCAAGGCCCAGGUCCUGAUGGGUUUGUUAGGACGUUAGGUAAGUACAUCGCCGGCUCUGCGGCUACUUUCGGUUUGUUCAUGUCGAUUGGUUCUAUCAUCAGAAGUGAUGACGGAGAAGGAAGGAAUCUAGGAGUCAAACAAGUCAUGGAUCUACAACAAAGAGCAAGGUUCGAAGCCUGGAAGGUACGUGCCAGAUAUGGUUUCCAUCGUGAAGGGAAGGAUUGA